AUGGUGACAGCUAUUCUGGGCAAGAAGAAUGUUACAGCUGAUGAAAACUGUGAUAUGGAGGGUGAGCAACCAGACGAAGAGCAGGAAAUGGAUUUUGGGGAAUUUGGGGGGGACAACCAGUAUUGGGCAGAUGGCGGCAGCAUGGACGAGAAUGGAAUGCAUAGUGAUGACGAUGAAAUAGACAAUGACGAAAUAUCCAAUGCACAAUUGGAGUUGUGGAAGCACGAUUCACUCAACCUGGAGGCAACGGAUCCUGCAAGUGAAUCAAUAGAUAUAUUGCAGCUGCACAAAGACGACACAUACAACAAGAAAAUUGACGGCAGCAAAUGUAGCGCCCACCUCGAAGCUUUCACUUGGCAUAUUCGGAGGAUUCUAGUCGAAGAUAGCGGCCUUUUUGAUCACUAUCGUGAGCGACUGGGAAGCCCAGAUGUUGUGCUUCAGAUUCCACUGCAGAAGACCAACCAGAUACCCUGUCAAGUGAUGAAGAUCAAGCAGUCAACUACUGAUGGGAACAUGGAAGUAAUGGAAAACCUACUUAAGCAAGGUGGCAUAGGUGACCCCAAGGAUGAUAGCUUUGAUCCUGUGCAUGACGUGGAUAUGUCAGAAUAUGUCCUAUUCAUUCAUGAUGAUCUACUUACAAAGGAGCAACUGGACACUGUCCGAAGAUUGCAACAAAUCGAAAACACACCAAAAAACAGGUUCCAGUACCUCAUUUCCCUUCCCAGCCUUUUCCACUACAAGAUGGCUUGUGCUGAUGCAAUCUGGAGGACAUAUAUCCAGCCCAAGGACUCUCGCGGUGACCAUAAUAGCUUAUAUGAGCAUAUCGGGUGUCUUCAACCAAAAGACGCAUUGAAAUUCAUCAGCAAACCAGGUUUCCGACGCAUGCAUGAGGUUAUUCACCACGAUCUCACAAUCUUGAUGCUUGAUUGCUGGAGAGUGAAGGUGAAGAAGAAAAAUGGUCAGAUCACAACACUGGAGUUGUUUGCCAGUUCACAACCCACCUGGGACGAACUUAUUCAGAUGUCAUACAACAUUGUUGUGAACUACAUGGUGGCUGGAUCCAAUCUACGUCAAGCAUGUUCAAAAGCUGUAGAUGAAAGGGACAAACAGUUCGAGAACCAAAUUCUGCGGAAUUGUGAUGAGCUGCUGUAUGUUGAUCUCUGCCAGGCAAUGAACAGUGGGGAUAUUUGUUGCGUAGAGGCAUCCUUCCUUCCGUGGAUUGAUAUUUUUGCUGCAGUUGGAAAGCAUAAAUAUGCUGCGCAAAUUGCGAAGUUCACAAGUGACUUAUGA